AUUUACUUUUAUUUAUACGAGAGGCAGAAAGGGAGAGACCUCCCAUCUCUGGUUCACUCCUCAAAAGCCCACAACGCUGGCAACCAGAAACUCAAUCCACGUGGAUGGCAGGGACCCAGGUACUUGAGCCAUCACCGCAGCCUCCCAGGGUGCGCAUAACCAGAGAGCUGUAGCCAGGCGCCCCCGCUGGAGCCGGAGUCUGGACUCGAACCCAGGGACACCCAGGGACUCCAGAAUGGGAGCGGGUUGUCCCAAGCAGCGUUAUAACCACUAGGCAAAAUGCACCUCCGCCAACUUUCUUUUCGAUAUCUCUAUUCCUACAGUCGCAAACUGAGGAAACUUACACCAGCUGUGGUGUAGGACCACGGAAAGCCUUGUCGUAAAACUAGUGCGGGAAGAGCGGGAGGCGGAACCAAAAAUGAGAGGAAAGCAGAAGCUGAAGAAGCGGAGGAGGGAUUUCAAGAACGCACAAAAGUCGGUUGGGUUUACUGGGAGGACCGGAAGGACCCGAGAGGAGGCUUACACCAUGGCGGGUCCUGUGAGCUUACGGGAGCUUCUAAUGGGAGCCUCAGCUUGGACGAGCUCAGAAAGUCCCGGAGAGUCCCCUACAGAGGGCGGAGCAAGCGCGGCUGGCGGACCGGAGCCCCCCUGGCGAGAGGAUGAGAUCUGCGUGGUAGGAAUCUUCGGAAAGACGGCUCUGCGCCUGAAUUCCGAGAAGUUCUCUCUUGUGAACACCGUGUGCGACCGGCAGGUCUUUCCCCUCUUUCGCCAGCAGGAUCCUGGCGACCCAGGCCCCGGAAUCAAGACCGAGACUGGCACGGCUGGGGAGGCUGGUGGAGCCGGGGACCCUGGGGCUGCCGCCGGGGAUCCAGUUCGGGGCGGUGCCUCUGCCACGGAAGGUAGCCGAACCGAUCCAGGUUCCCAGGACUACAGCCUUCUGCAGGCCUAUUACAACCAAGAAAGCAAAGUUCUCUAUCUCCUUCUCACUUCCAUCUGUGACAAUUCACAGCUUCUGCGAGCUUGUCGGGCCCUUCAGAGCGGGGAAGCUGGAGGCGGCCUCUCUUUACCUCAUGCGGAAACGCACGAGUUCUGGAAGCAUCAGGAGAAGCUGCAGUGCCUCAGUCUCCUUUACCUUUUCUCCGUCUGCCACAUCCUGCUCCUGGUCCAUCCCACUUGUUCCUUUGACAUCACUUAUGAUCGAGUGUUCAGAGCCCUGGAUGGACUGAGACAGAAAGUACUGCCUCUCCUGAAAACAGCCAUUAAAGAUUGUCCGGUGGGCAAAGACUGGAAGCUUAAUUGCCGACCUUGCCCACCAAGGCUCCUUUUCCUCUUUCAACUCAAUGGCGCCCUCAAGGUGGAACCCCCUCGGAACCAAGACCCAGCUCAUCCAGACAAGCCCAAGAAACAUUCUCCCAAAAGGAGACUGCAGCAUGCCCUGGAGGAUCAAAUCUAUAGAAUCUUCCGGAAGAGUCGUGUCUUGACCAAUCAGAGUAUCAACUGUCUCUUUACUGUGCCUGCCAACCAAGCUUUUGUGUACAUUGUCCCCGGAAGCCAGGAAGAGGACCCAGUAGGCAUGUUGCUGGACCAACUUAGGAGUCACUGUACUGUUAAGGACGCCGAGUCUUUGCUGGUGCCUGCACCCCUUUCUGGGCCCAGGCGAUACCAGGUGAUGAGACAGCACAACCGACAACAACUUUCCUUCCAUAUUGACAGCAGCAGUUCCAGUUCUUCAGGCCAGCUAGUGGAUUUCACUCUCCGGGAAUUCCUAUGGCAGCAUGUGGAGCUAGUCUUAAGCAAGAAGGGCUUUGAUGACAGCGUGGGCAGGAACCCACAGCCUUCCCAUUUUGAACUUCCCACUUACCAGAAGUGGAUCUCCGCAGCUUCAAAACUGUAUGAAGUAGCUAUUGAUGGGAAAGAGGAGGACUUGGGUUCACCCACUGGGGAGCUAACAUCUAAGAUUUUAAGCAGUAUUAAAGUCUUGGAAGGGUUUUUGGAUAUUGACACAAAAUUCUCAGAAAACCGAUGCCAAAAAGCUUUACCCAUGGCCCAUAGUGCUUACCAGUCAAAUUUGCCUCAUAAUUACACAAUGACUGUCCAUAAGAAUCAGCUUGCCCAGGCUCUUCGAGUGUACAGUCAACAUGCUAGAGGUCCAGCCUUUCACAAAUAUGCCAUGCAGUUACAUGAGGACUGCUACAAAUUUUGGAGCAAUGGCCAUCAGCUCUGUGAGGAGAGGAGUUUAACUGAUCAACACUGUGUACAUAAAUUUCACUCAUUACCUAAAUCAGGAGAAAAACCAGAGGCUGACAGAAAUCCUCCUGUGCUGUAUCACAACAGUCGGGCUCGAUCCACUGGUGCCUGUAACUGUGGCAGGAAACAAGCACCUCGAGAUGAUCCCUUUGACAUCAAGGCAGCUAACUAUGACUUUUAUCAGCUUCUGGAAGAAAAAUGUUGUGGAAAAUUGGAUCAUAUCAAUUUCCCAGUAUUUGAACCAAGUACUCCAGAUCCUGCUCCUGCCAAAAAUGAAUCCUCUCCUGCCCCUCCAGAUUCAGAUGCUGAUAAACUUAAGGAAAAAGAACCUCAAACCCAAGGAGAGAGCACAAGCCUAAGUUUAGCUUUGAGUUUGGGCCAGUCCACAGAUAGCUUAGGUACCUAUCCAGCUGAUCCGCAAGCAGGAGGAGACAAUCCAGAAGUUCAUGGUCAAGGAGAAGUGAAAACUGAGAAGAGACCAAACUUGGUUGAUCGACAAGCAUCCACAGUUGAGUAUCUUCCAGGCAUGCUACAUUCAAAUUGCCCUAAAGGUCUCCUACCCAAAUUCUCCAGCUGGUCUUUGGUUAAACUAGGUCCUGCCAAAUCUUAUAACUUUCAUACAGGUUUGGACCAACAGGGCUUCAUUCCAGGAACAAACUAUCUUAUGCCUUGGGACAUUGUCAUCAGGACUAGAGCUGAAGAAGAAGGAGACUUAGACACAAAUUCUUGGCCUGCUCCAAAUAAAGCUAUUCCUGGAAAGAGAAGUGCAGUUGUAAUGGGAAGAGGAAGACGGCGAGACGACAUAGCUCGAGCUUUUGUGGGCUUCGAGUAUGAAGAUUCUCGAGGUCGGAGGUUCAUGUGCUCAGGACCUGACAAAGUAAUGAAAGUAAUGGGAAGUGGACCCAAGGAAUCAGCUUUGAAAGCCCUAAACAGUGAUAUGCCCUUAUAUAUUCUGUCAUCAUCUCAGGGUAGAGGGCUCAAACCACAUUAUGCCCAACUUAUGAGGCUUUUUGUAGUGGUUCCUGAUGCUCCUUUGCAGAUAAUACUAAUGCCUCAGGUUCAGCCAGGCCCACCACCAUGUCCAGUAUUCUAUCCAGAAAAACAAGAAAUCACUCUCCCACCUGAUGGCCUUUGGGUUUUGAGAUUUCCUUAUGCAUAUGUGACUGAGAGAGGACCUUGUUUCCCUCCCAAGGAAAAUGUACAGUUAAUGAGCUACAAGGUGCUCCGUGGGGUUCUUAAAGCAGUAACACAGUAAGAGUUUUCCAGCUAGUCUAAUCUUAAGGUGGAGCUGAUUUCUGUUGUGGGUUGGGGAUUUUUUUAGUAUAUGUAUUCUGUGUUUUCCUAAACCCAAAAAUGUGUUUUGGUUACAGGAGUUCAGUAUUUGGACAAUAAUUGUUCUAUUAUUUGAUGGUAUCAGUGAUAUUUAUUGUAAAUAGGACUACAACUUCAAAAUAAAGGUUGGUUGUUCUAGAAAAAGAGAAAGGAAUAUAUGGUUAAUACCUCUUUUUUCUUGUUUUUGUUUCACUAUACAUAAUAAAACAUGUUUGUUUGUUUUUUAUCAUAAAUGAAUGUUGUAUAACCAUGUUGGGCCCAAACUGUUUGGACUAAAAUGAUGUUAUAGCUGGGAUUUUUUCUUAAGAUGAUGCUCACUAAAAUUAUCUUCAAAACAGAAUAGUCCAUUAGGUUAUCUGGUAAUGAAACAAGGACUAAUUUGACUUAAUUGCAGAAAAGAAAUGAACAAACAAAAAACCAUAUGUUUUGCUCACAAUUCUGGUACUUUAGAUUGUUUUGUUCUUAGUAUUUCAUUCUUGAACUGUUGAGACACCACAUCUUAAAUGAAUGCCAGCUGAACUUAAAACUUUUUAAUCCAAGAUAUUAAUACUUUAUUCUUGAAUAACUCUUAUACUGUGAAGCAAUGUACUAGGUAUUACAAAUCAGUCUAUGGUAACUUUCUCUAGCAUCAACAUGGUGACACACCAUGAUAUCACCGUCUAAUUGGUGAUAUGUCACCAAUUAA